AAGGAAGAAGGCGGUGCCCGUUGCCGUGAAGCUCGUCCAAGGGUCCCUCCUCUCCCUCGCCCUCCCAUCUGACUCUCAAUGUCGUUGGCUGCUGCAAUCAGCCUUCGCUCUUUUCCUCCCCGCAUGCCUUGCCUGGAUUGCCUCGCCCUUCUCGCACAGACGCAGACAAAGACGCCGCGGGGGCUCCAGGCGAGUCAGUCGACUCACGAGCGAGAAUCGAGAUCAAGGAGGGCCGACGACGCGGACCUGAACCGACCGACCAAGACCAAGACGAACUUUGAGACGAGGCAUGCAAUGGCGCUCAAUAUCGACGAGACGCAGCGAACGACGCAGCAAAUGCGACGCAAUGCCGCAACAGCUUCGACGCAGCAGAGCGUCAGAGCUAGCGUCUGCUGAUAGGACAGCAGCAACAUUGAAGCAUCGCGACACCUCGUG